GUAUCUGCAGUAGAUAGUGUUGGCGAGGGUGCAAAAACUGAACCGAAAAAUAUCACAUUUGGCAUUGAGGGCAUAUCAUCAUACGUUGGGGACUUGGAGGGAACACCUGUUGGUAAUACCUCCAUCAAGCUGACGUGGGUGGCCCCAGCUAAUGACGGUGAAAAGAUAAACAAUUAUGUGGUACAUUAUCAGAAUCUGCUUGGAAAUAUGGUCACCCGCAUUGUUGAUAAGAAAACACUUUCUUAUGUUGUUGAGGACCUUUGUCCAGGGUCAUGGUACACGUUUUCUGUUGCUCCUAACAACAAGGUAUCAGGGACAGGACCUGGAAUCUACAUCUCUAGUAAAACAGAUGGUGCUGCUAUAGGUAAAAUCUCUAAUAUAAGUGUGGAAUGGAUAGCACCUGCAGUGUUGAAGGUAUCUUGGCCAAUUCCUGAUGGAGCUAGCCCUAAUGAGAAUUACACAGUGUAUUACGACUACGACCCCGAUAAUUUACACUCGCAUAAAGUAUCACAAUACGCAAAGAAGAGGAUAGUGAAUACAAAUUCUACAAUAAUCGAUGGACUGAGAGGGUGUGAGUUGUACUAUUUCAGGAUUGCCCCUGGGAACUGUAUUUUAUCAGAGGUGAAGUCAGAAACAACAUACUACGAUCAAUUGGCGGAACCAGAAGAUCUUGCCUUCCACCCAAUUAAUAUGUCCAGUGGCAAUCUUACUUGGAAAGCGUCCUGCCCUAAUGGGGAACCGACAGGCUACAUUGUGUACAGAACAGAGGUGGCUACUGGGAAAAAAGUUGUUAUUCAACCAUAUAGCAACACAUCCAAAGUUGAACUUUUUUUGACCUAUACAAAAUUGACUCCAGGAGCAACAUAUAAGGUCACUAUAAGGAAUACAAACAAGGCAAUUGAUGGUGUUGAUCCGAAAAUGUCAGAACCUAUGGUGUUUAAUAUGGAUCCAUACCCAAGCCCAUUCAAUCUACACGUGAAAUCAGCUAGUGAGAUUGGAGACAGUGGUGUGCUCGUCUGGAUUAAACCUUCUGAUGUACCAAAGGAAAUAUUUAAGGGAUAUGAAGUUUUACUAUGCAGUGACAUACAUAAUGAAUAUAUCAAAAACGAUGGGAAAUGUAAGAACAAUACUGACUACAAACACUACGCCUAUUCGAAGAAUAAUACAGCAUCAUACAAUGGUCUCACUGUCGGCUAUCAUUACUUUAAAGUCAGAUUGAACAAGAUAGAUGGUUACUAUGGAAACAUGAGUGAAAAUUUUACAGUGACAGUUCUCGGUGGUGUGGAAGUUGUGACACAGGCUUCGUCUCUUCAACUCUCACAGACAAAUAUGAUAGCCAUCAGCGUGUCUGUUGGCGUGGUGAUAAUGGCGUUGGUUGUAAUUAUAGGGUGCUUUGUUGUACGUCAUCGUAGGUUACAGAGAUCAUUCCAUGCAUACGCUAGAAGUCAUUAUGACUCGUCGUCAGGGACAACAACAUUCUCUGCUGCUGAUGAACUUGAAGACGAAGAUUCGCCAAUGAUUCGAGGGUUUUCAGAUGAUGAACCAUUGGUUAUUGCGUAGUUACCAAAGGUUGCCUAGCAACAGUUUACUUCAGUUCCAUGCAAAUUGUGCUUUGUUCCUCUAAAAAAAAGGAUGUUACCAAGUAACACAUUAUUUUCAAUAAGACUUUUUUUCUACAAAUUAUUGUGCUUCAAAAGUUAUAAAAUAAGUGUAUGAUUUUUAUUCUUUGAAAAACUUUUUCUGGUUUUUUAC